AUGAGCGGCCAAGGCAUGAGCGGCCAGGGAAUGGGUGGUCAAGGUAAUGGUGGUAGCUCCUCUGGAUCCCCAUCGGGCCAGGGCAGCAGCGGUGGACAGUCUGGCGGAGCAUCAGCAUCAUCAUCAGGUCAAGGACCAUCUGGCAGCUCAUCAGGAUCCCCAUCGGCUGGUGGUGGAUCAUCCUCACAAGGAAACAUGGAGGGCAGCUCUAUGGGCCAGGACGGUUCCAAGGGUCAGGACGGCCAAGGAUCUUCAUCAUCAGGAGAGGAUGGAGGUUAUGACGCUGAGGGAGACUAUUAUUAUGAGGAAGAGUAA